AUGGCCGAACCAAAUCAAAACAUCAUUUGCGCUCCGGACGAUUGUGCGAUAAAAAUUAGCAAAUGGAAAGUACGCGAGGGUUAUCCGGUCACCAGUGGCAAUAUUAUUUUGUUUUACGAAGUGCUGGAUGGAGGUGACAAGGAAGUAAAGCGCCUGAAAGCCACAAAAAGUGGCGUCGUAAAGAAGCGCCUAGCUCGUGAAGGUGCAACGGUGGCGAAAGGAAAGCCGGUUCUCGAGCUCGGACAAUGUAGCCACACGACAGUGAUCAAGGACAUGUGUGCCGAUUGUGGGGCCGAUUUGCGCCAGGAUGAACCAGGCAGCUGCUCGAAGGCAUCCGUUCCGAUGAUCCAUUCGGUGCCAGAGCUGAAAGUAACGGAAACUCUUGCGAAAAAACUCGGCCAGGCAGAUACCGAGAGACUGCUGAGUGACAGGAAGUUAGUGUUGCUAGUGGAUUUGGAUCAAACGCUUAUCCAUACUACUAACGACAAUGUACCCAACAACUUGAAGGAUGUUUAUCAUUUCCAACUGUAUGGCACCAAAUCGCCCUGGUAUCACACGAGACUUCGUCCAGGAGCGUUAGAUUUCCUAGCCAAGAUGCAUCCAUACUACGAGCUGCACAUCUGUACGUUCGGUGCACGCAACUACGCCCACACGAUCGCCCAAUUCCUUGACAAGGAUGGCAAUUUCUUUUCACACCGCAUAUUGUCACGCGACGAAUGUUUCAAUGCAACCAGCAAAACGGACAACCUGAAGGCACUUUUUCCGUGCGGUGAUUCGAUGGUUUGUAUCAUCGACGACCGUGAAGACGUGUGGAAUAUGGCGUCGAAUUUGAUUCAGGUCAAACCGUAUCACUUCUUCCGACACACCGGCGACAUUAAUGCGCCGCCGGGAAUGUCCAAGAACGAACUGGACGGUAAGGGGGUGGAUUUUAAGGAGCUCAUGAAUCAAUCGAUGAAGGAGAAGAAAUUGAAAGAUGCACCCACCCGUGAAGACAGUCGGCCGCCGACUCCAAAAAUUCAAACCGAUGACGGUAAGCAUAAGGAGGAAAAAAGUGCCACGGAUGAAAAGUCGUCAGACGAGGAGAAGGCAACGGAACCAACAGAAGAAUCGGAAGGGGCAGGGGAAAAAUCAAAGGAAAUACCAACUGCAGCGACGUCGGAUGAAACCAAUGCGGGAAAAGAGGUCUCAAAAAACGAGGAACCAACGAAUGAUGAAUCUGUCAGCAACGAGAAUAAGGAAAGUGUCAAAAAAAAUGCAGAGAGCAAUGCUUUAGAUGGAAAUUCCGAUGGACUUGCUGCGGAUACAAGUAAGCUCGAGAAUAUAGCGGAAACUCCCAGCAACAUAGAUGCAGAAAAUGAUAACGGAGCGAAUAAGGAUGCAAAAGAAAAUGUGGAAGAACUUGAAGUACAACCUGCUGAGACUGAGACCGAGAAAAAAAAGGAAAACUCCACUACAGUCCAAAGAAAGACAAAAAGCAAUGAUAGGCAAGAGAAAAAAGAACUCAUUGAAAUCGAAGACCCUGAUGACUAUCUACUGUACCUCGAGCACAUUCUGCUAAAGAUUCACGAAACAUUCUACAACGAGUAUGACCGAUCGAAAGCAAUAUCUGACCUCAAGCAACUCAUUCCAAGGGUUAAGGCGAAGGUCUUGGUUGGCACGCGGCUCUGUUUUUCCGGGCUGAUACCGAACAACGUGAAACUGGAGCAGAGCAAGGCGUACCAGAUAGCGCGGGGGCUGGGCGCGGUUGUUACGCAAAACCUAGAACCAACGACCACGCACCUUGUGGCGGUUACGAUCGGCACCUCUAAGGUGAACAAUGCGCGAAAAAAUGCUAAGAUUAACAUUGUCACACCCGAAUGGUUGUGGACGUGUGCAGAACGUUGGGAACACGUGGAGGAGCGGUUGUACCCACUAAAAACGUCGAAUCCCGCAAAAAUGCGACAACCUCCGCCUCACUGUCAUAGUCCAGAGCACGUGGUUAAUUACGGUGGCGGUACUACAAAGUCACGCGAGGAACCGAAGUUCAUGGAUACUGUAAAUCCCCUGCUCAGCUUUUCCAACGACGAUCUCGAUGCGAUGAACAACGAUUUUGACGAUUUCUUCGAAUCGGACGACAGCUCGAGCGAAGACGAGCCGGUUGACAUUGAAAAUCCACCGAUGGAGAAAGCGAUGCGUAAGCGAAAGCGUGCCGAAGAGAUAGAAACCAAUCGUGGCAGGCACAACAUCUUUCGCAAGCGCACUGAGGAAGAAGAGCAAGCCGAAAACGCGCGCAUUCUGAAGUUCAACAACGCCGAGCAGGAUGAGGCGAGCCAGACGAAUGCAUCGUCGGACGACGAGGACGAAAGUCCAAGCGCCAAGUUUCGCCGCGGAGAAGACUUACCUUCCGAUUUGGACAUGGGCUCGAACAGUGAAGGAAGCGACGAGCCAAUUGAUGAUGUUGAGGAUGGCGUUUGGAAUAUGAUGGGUGCGGCUAUUGAGAGGGAUUUUCUUGGACUAGACGAUUAGUUUGCACAAGAUGUCGAAUGUGACGAAUAAAGGUACACAUUCAGGUAAUGUAAUGUACAGUUC